UAUAUAUAUGUGUGUGUGUGUUUACCAGGACAGCAAUCCACUGCCAAAGUUCUUCACCUUCCAAGAGUCUUGCAAAAUACAAUCAAUUAAUCCGCCACCUCCAAAAGAAAUAAAAGAUGGGCUUUCGCUUGCCUAGGAUCGUGAAUGCAAAACAAGCUAUUAAGCGAGUUCUCUCACCACAGUUAACUGCUGAUGUUCCUAAAGGCCAUGUUGCUGUCUAUGUUGGAGAAACUCAAAAGAAGAGAUUCACUGUUCCAAUAUUUUACUUGAAGCAUCCUUCCUUCCAGAACUUGUUGAGUCAAGCUGAAGAAGAGUAUGGAUUUAAUCAUCCAAUGGGCGGUCUCACAAUUCCAUGCAGUGAACAAGUCUUCACUGAUCUAAUUUUCAGUUUAUAGAAAUGAUCUUGCAGAUAUUUAUAGGAUGUAGGAAUUUAGUCUAAACAUACUGAAUUAUGUACCAAUUUGGGACUGAGAAAUGAAAAUGAACAUAUACCUUUCUUUUCAGAA